UCUGGCGGCGUUAAUUGGUUAUCGAGUGAGUGACAUCAGAGGUCUUGUGGGAGUGGUAGUCAAAUAAACGCUGACCCCUCAUCAGCGACUAACCAAGCUGGACUACAAUUCCCAGUAUGCAACAGCGAGCUAUGGUGGGCGCAUGCGCUUCACAAAGGGGGCCGGGUUCUCUAUAUAAGCCAGCGUCCCAGGCUGGGAAGUAGCAGUUGGAGGUUGGUUGGCGAGUGUGCAAGUGAAGGUGAAGAAGGCGACAAGGUUGGAGGAGGCGGGGGCUGGAGUUCUUCUCUCCACUCUUCCUCUGUGAGCGUGUGUGAUAGCAGAAGCCGCCAGUGGGUGGCAGUGCACAACCACUGCAUUCCAGUGCAGCCUGUGAAGUGAGGAGAACACAGUGCAGCUUGGAGGAGAGCGUCUAUCAAGGCACAGCUGCUGUCAUGCGAGGUGAAUGCCGCCUCCAGGCAGCCCGAUCCCUAUGAAGUGAGCAGCACAGGAGUGCACGCAGCCUAUCACUACCACUGCAGUUUUGGGGGUGCCAUGGCUGAAGUGGGAGUUCAGGAGUCAAGUCUGCCCUGCAAAAGUUUGGCAGGUGGGGGAUCCCUGCUGGGCAGCCAAGAAGAUAGUGGGUGGCAACCAGAGGAGGAGUGCCAGAGGAGGCAGCCUUCUACCCCGACCUGCCCAGAGAAGAGCGACGAGGGGGACUGUGACAAGGCAGGGCAGCUGAGCCGGGGCAAGGAGGAGGAGGAGUGGAAGGAGCUGGGCAAGAAGAGGCAUCGCAGGCGACCCUCCAAGAAGAAGAGGCGCUGGAAGCCGUACAACAAGCUCACCUGGGAGGAGAAGAAGCGGCUGGAGGAGCGGGAGUCCCAGAGGGCGUCCAGGAUACGGGCUGAAAUGUUCGCCAAGGGGCAACCGGUGGCCCCCUACAACACCACACAGUUCCUGAUGGAGGACCACGACCAGGAGGAGCCGGACUUGUGCCCCCCUCAAGCACGCAGAGGGCCGGUCUCCCUGCCCUCUCUCCUCCAUGCCAACUCAUUCCCCAAAGGGGACAGCACAGAGGAGGACGCGGAGGAGGAAGAGGAUGGCACCGGCAGCGACAGCGACGACGCCGGCUUCUUACAGAAAGACUUUUCAGAGACCUACGAGAAGUACCACACGGAGAGCCUGCAGGACAUGAGCAAGCAGGAGCUGGUGCGGGAGUACCUGGAGCUGGAGAAGUGCCUGAGCCGCAUGGAGGACGAGAACAACCGCCUGCGGCUCCGGGAGAUCAGCCAGGCCGCCAGCCAGGAUGGUCGCAUCCGAGAGCUCGAGAUGGAGCUGGAGAAACUGAAGGAAGAGAACCGCAGACUGCUGCGGGAGAGGGGACAAGUGCUGGCUGACUGAUCCCAUCUACCUGCCUGCACUCUCUUAUUACUGACUGUUUCCAUGUGAGAGCCCUAAAGACUAUGGCAUCCCGACACCUGCCCGGACUGUGUGAUCCUGGACAUGACUGACUAGACUGUCUUGUCUUCUUCCUUAUAUACUCUGCUCUAAAAAUUUUUUUUUUUUUUGCCUUCUUCCUAAUUAACUUUUUUUUCUCUUUUCUUUUUAGUCUGAUAUAUAUAUAUAUAUAUUUGUUUUUUUUUAAAUAAAUGUUUAAAUCGACAGGAAG